AUGGCCUCCGCCUCGACCAUGCACCUCGCUUCGAGGCGGGAAUCUGAAUCUCGGGACCGUGCUGCCUCGUUGCGGGGGCGUCGCUGCUCCACCCGAGCUGAAGUCGGAGCCGGCGUGGCGGGCGCGCCAGUGCUCCCUUGUAGACGAGUUGCCCCUACGAGCUCGCCUCGCAAGGUGCUAGCGCAUCCAGCCCCGUGGCUCCCGGCCGUUUGUUCCGUCAUCCUCACCAAAGGAAUAGCAUGGCCGUGUAGACGUAUCGGACGCUCCCCGACAUUGUGCCCUUUGCCACCUGGACAACAGCUUCGAGCCGUCGCAGCCUUGGUCGUGGACCAGCCACAGCAUCGGCUGGAGACCAGGGAGCGCCGCAACUCCGAUGGCUCCGCACCCGCCGCACCCGCUCCCGCCACCGUCACCGUCUCGACUCUGGCAGGGCCUCGGGGGGCCAGGGAUGGUCCAACACUGGCUGCCGACGAGACACUGCUCGCAUUACUCAUGGCCUGCCGAGAUGGCGGCAAUAUUGGCGAUGACAUGACACGUGUCGCCGUGUCCGCGUCGUGCUCGUCGCCGCACCCGUCGAGGCCGAACGGCGACGCAUGGACGCGCAGGACGAUGCGAUCAAGCACGGUCGGGCCGGCAAGAAAGGGGCACGGAUCUGUCUAG